AUGAAAUCAAUUAUUCUAUUAUGUUCAAUGCUUCUUUGCAUUUCAUUUGUAGCAGCUAGUUAUCCAGCCUACCCAGUUUCAAUUCAACACAAAUUAAUUGGAACAUGGCAAGAUGGAUCAAGAGGUCAAACGUAUUCACAAUACGAUAUUGUAUUGAGCAACCACGGUAACAAGAACAUCAAACAAAUUGUCAUUGGUACUGAUGCCACAUGUAGACUCAGAGACAACAACUCUAUCUGGAAUGUCAAGGUUGUUGAUGGUCCAUCAUUUAUCGAUUUCCUCAUCCUUCCAUCGUACCAAGAUAUCAAUGCUGGUGCCUCUUACACUUUUGGUUACAUUAUCCAUGGUUCAUCACCUGCCAAUCUCUUUGUCAAGAAUGUUAUCUAUGCUUAA